AUUGUUUCACACAGCAUCAUUGUCUAAGAACUUUCAAACAGGUAACAACAUACUACUUGAAAAGAAAAAUAACAUAUUUAUGUUAGGACUUUAGAAGCCAAGAAGAAUAUUUUUUUGGUUCCUAAGAUGAGACUUCCAGGUCUUUUUUAUGUUCUUACAACAAUGGUAAUCAUAGUGAUAUGGUGUUUCUCCAUCAACUGGUCAAACCUCCAUGAAGCUGCCAAACGAUUAUUUUGUCUAAAGUUGGGCCAGUUUGAUAUUGCAGAAGAUAUCCAUGGUCCCUUAACAGAGGAUUUGGAAACAGAUUGUGCCAAUACAGGUCUGUUUAAGUCUCACUCUGCUUGUUGUCCACAUAAAGACUGCCCUGUAAACUAUUUCCACUUUCAACUUCGUAGUGGGGCCGCCAAUGUCAUGCCCCCAAAGAUCUGCUUUAACAAUACCAUCAUCAUGGGUGGCAUAAGAAACAAUGCAGGACAAGGGCUGAACAUUGUUUUAGUUAAUGGUGUAACUGGUGAAGUUUUAAGAAGUAAUUACUUUAAUAUGGAAACUGGAGAUGCAGAGGAAUUACUUGGCUAUCUAAAGACUAUAAAACCAGGAAAUAUAGUACUUGUGGCCUCAUAUGUCGACCCUGCAGCAAAGCUGACUGAUGAAAUUAGAGAUAUAUUCAGUGUUUUGGGCAGCACUAUGGUCAGGUCUGUAAGGCCGAGGGAUAGUUGGGUAUUUGCAGGCGCCUAUCGAAUUAAAGAACCUAGUCCGUUUGAAAAGUUAAUUCAAAAUGAUAUGAAGAUGAAUGCAUAUGGAGACUGGCCGGAGAUGGGGGAGAUCGUUGGAUGCUUUCCCAGAAUGUAUAACUGAAACUGCUGUACCAACCAACCACAGAUCACCACUCGUUUGGGACAUUUGGAAAUGGGACAUUGACAAUGUUCAGCAAAUUACAUUAAAAGAAAUGUUCAACCAAAUAUUAAAAUUCUGUCAUCAUUGAGUUACUCGCCCGUAUGUCGUUCCAAACCCGUAUGACUUUCUUUCUUUCGUGGAACACAAAAGGAUAUGUUCAGUAGAGAGUUUUGCUGCUGAAAUCGGUCUGUGCUUACCAAAUUUCAAAUAACUGCCUCAGUGGGCAUAGCUGGAAGUGUUGUUGAGC